GACGGCAGAAGGAAAGAGGAAGUGGAAACAUCAGCACUAUCUCUACGGUGGAGGAGAGAGGGAGAGAGAGAGAGAGAGAGAGAGGGAGAGAGAGAGAGAGAGAGAGAGAGAGAGAGAGAGAGAGAGAGAGAGAGAGAGAGAGAGAGAGAGAGAGAACACUCACACACAUUCACAACACACAAACUCCGGUUAUCAGCGCUUUGGUAGGAGAAGUGUCCUCGCUUCGUCAGGUUUGGAUGAGCAUCCUUCAGCAUCAGUGACAGAGGUGUGAGGCAGCAUCACCCACACCAGCCACACCCCCCUGUCAGCCAUGCCACCGCCGGCAGACAUCGUCAAGGUGGCCAUUGAGUGGCCGGGGGCCUUCCCGAAGCUCAUGGAGAUAGACCAGAAAAAGCCUCUUUCAGCCAUCAUAAAAGAAGUGUGCGAGGGGUGGUCAUUGGGGAACCAUGAAAACUUUGCUCUGCAGAUUGCUGACGCCACAAAUUUCUACAUCACUGAAAAGAACCGCAAUGACAUUAAGAAUGGCUCCAUCCUGCGCUUGACCACCUCUCCUUACCAGACUGCGGUCCAGCUUCACGAGCGGAUCCAGUCAUCCAGCAUGGAUGCCAAGCUGGAGUCUCUGAAGGACCUGGCCAACGCGUCCCGGGACAUCACCUUCGCUCAGGAGUUCAUCAACCUGGACGGCAUCUCACUGCUCACUCAGAUGGUGGAGAGCGGCACAGAGCGCUAUCAGAAACUACAGAAGAUUAUGAAGCCCUGUUUUGGAGACCUGCUGUCCUUCACUCUGACGGCCUUCGUGGAGCUGAUGGACCACGGCAUUGUCUCCUGGGACACUUUCUCUGUGGCUUUCAUCAAGAAGAUUGCAAGCUAUGUGCACAAGGCCACAGACACAGCCGUGCUGCAGCGCUCUCUGGCCAUCCUGGAGUCCAUGGUGCUCAACAGUCAGGAUCUUUACCACAAGGUGGCGCAAGAGAUCACCAUCGGACAGCUCACCCCACACCUUCAAGGAACUGAUCAAGACAUUCAGACCUACACUAUUGCUGUCAUAAAUGCCCUCUUCCUUAAAGCUCCAGAGGAGAAGAGACUGGAGAUGGCCCAUAUUCUUGCCCAAAAACAGCUGCGCUCCAUCAUCCUCAGUAGCGUGAUCCGAAGUCCCACACCCAUCAAUGAUGAGAUGGCCCACCAGCUGUAUGUGCUGCAGGUGCUCACCUUCAACCUGCUGGAGGACCGCAUGAUGACCAAGAUGGAUCCCCAGGACCAGGCUCAGAGGGACAUCAUCUUUGAGCUGCGGAGAAUAGCCUUCGAUGUGGAAUCGGAGCCCAACAACAGCGGCAGCAUCGAGAAACGAAAGUCCAUGUACACCCGCGACUACAAAAAGCUUGGAUUCAUUAAUCAUGUGAAUCCAGCUGUGGAUUUCACUCAGAUCCCUCCAGGCAUGCUGGCUCUGGAUAACAUGUUGUAUUUUGCCAGGCACCACCAGGACGCCUACAUCAGGAUCGUCCUGGAGAACAGCAGUCGAGAAGACAAGCACGAGUGUCCAUUCGGCCGCAGCAGCAUCGAGCUAACCAAGAUGCUCUGUGAGAUUAUGAAAGUGGGCGAGCUUCCCAGUGAAAACUGUCACGACUUCCACCCCAUGUUCUUCACCCAUGACCGCUCCUUUGAGGAAUUCUUCUGCAUCUGCAUCCAGCUGCUCAACAAAACCUGGAAGGAGAUGAGAGCCACAAGUGAAGACUUCAACAAGGUAAUGCAGGUGGUGAGGGAGCAGAUCAUGCGAGCGCUGACUCUCAAGCCUAAUUCCCUGGACCAGUUCAAGAGUCGUUUGCAGAAUCUGAGCUACACAGAGAUCCUGAAGAUACGCCAGUCCGAGAGGAUGAAUCAAGAAGACUUCCAGUCCCGGCCCAUCCUGGAGCUGAGGGAGAAGAUCCAGCCUGAGAUCAUGGAGUUGAUCAAGCAGCAGAGGCUCAACAGGUUGUGUGAAGGAACCUGUUUCAGGAAAAUCAGUAGUCGCAGGAGGCAAGACAAGUUUUGGUACUGUCGCCUGUCUCCGAACCAUAAAGUCCUGCACUAUGGAGAUCUGGAGGAGAGCCCUCAGGGAGAAGUUCCCCAUGACUCUUUGCAGGACAAGCUGCCUGUGGCGGAUAUCAAAGCUGUUAUCACCGGCAAAGACUGUCCUCACAUGAAGGAGAAGGGAGCCCUGAAGCAAAACAAGGAGGUGUUGGAGCUGGCCUUCUCUGUCCUCUACGAGUCCGACGAGUACUUAAACUUUAUUGCUCCUGAUAAGCAUGAGUACUGUGUGUGGACAGAUGGUCUAAAUGCUCUCCUGGGUAAAGAGAUGACCAGCGAUUACACCAAAUCUGACAUGGACACCCUCCUCUCCAUGGAGAUGAAGCUCCGCCUCUUGGAUCUAGAGAACAUCCAAAUUCCUGAGGCCCCACCCCCGAUUCCCAAAGAACCUAGCAACUAUGACUUUGUUUACGACUGUAACUAGACAAAUGAGCCCUAUCCUGAACCCACCCAGCACCUACUGUACUCACUGGACCGAUCCUCUUUUCUUACAAACUGGAACAAAACAAAUACAGUAUACCCUAUAAUAUCAAAGUGAACUGUGAUGGAAAGAAAAAGGAUUUAAUGAGCUGUUUUCCUCUUGCUUCUUGCUACAUAAGAGAGAAAAUGGUGCUUAUUAAUAGGCUUGCUGCGUUUGAAGGCUUCAAGGUGGAUGCAAAGUUGUCAGGUUGCUAGUGAGAGGACAAACCAGGAAGUACUUGUUCAGGCUGUGGUUGGUUGUCCUGCGUCUUCUUCCUCACUGUCCUCUUGUUUCCUGUUUGAAACAUUCACUUCCUCCAGCCUGGCGCCCACUGUCUUUUUGCUUGAAUAUUGCUGUAGACAAAUGCUUAGAAGUUUCAUUGAUUCAGCUUCGCUAUUGUCCUUUUUUAUGUUUAUUAUUUUUCCUCAGGGCUUUUGUGGGUGGAGGUUGGUGGUUGGUGUAGGUCAGGAGCAGGUAGUGGCGGGGUUUCGUGUUCUGUCCUCAGCUUUUCAGCAGUAUUUUCCCCUCACAUUCCCACUUGCAGUAUUUGUGGCAGCUACAUAUUUCCUAUGAGGCUACAAAAGGAAGGCUGAAAUACAUUUGGAGACAAAAUCUUAAUGAAAGUAGUCUCUAAAUUAUUCUCUGUACCUCUACACAAAUACUGAAGACUGUUAGAAUACGUCAGUCCUCCUAAUCAAGGCUCUGUACUCCAGUUAAAAGCCUUUCCUUUGAAUAUUCUAGUGUUCAUGUUGUUAUCCCAACCCUGCUUAGUGCAUAGUGUACACCUACACAGUGGCUGAGCCAAAACCAACCAAACAAAGCACCAUCAUUGUGAAACAAACACAGACUUGUCUCUCCCUCAUUUGAGUCUUUUUCGUUGUUAUGACUGCUGUACACAACAUUCCUGAGCAAUAUUUGAGCUUCUUUUGUUUAUCAUUUGUAAGAUGGUCAAAAUUUGGUGAUUUUGAAAUUGUGAAACUGCCAAGUAGUUGGUAUAACAAAGAGGAUUUUGGUGUUUUGGUUAAGGGAUCUAAGUUGUCUUUUUUGUGUGUGUGUUUGGGACUGUGGCCACAAAAUUGAAAGUUUAUGUAUUUUUUCAAUUUAAAAACAGAUCAUGGUUGUUAUUUCUAGUAUGAUUUAUAUAAUUUCCCCUUCCUAUUUAAUAAUGAAUGGUUUUUUUCUUUAGGAUUUUUCAAAGCCUCUCAAAACUGCUGUUUACAUUAAAGAUUUAAGAACCAUAA